CCGUGUGUGUGUGUCUCUCUAUCUCUCACAUUUCCGGAGUCUAUUUUCAGCAUAUGGUCACCCGGAGAUUUCCCGCCCCUCCCUGAAACUCUUCUUUUCUUCAAAUUGAGUCCAAGUUGUUCCUGAAUUCAGUAGUUGAAGUUGUUCAAUCGUCGACAACAAUGGCGGAAUCUAUUUGCAGAGCACUUAGGGACGGCGCGUUGGAGGGAGAGCUUGCCCCUGCUCUCACUAUAAAGGACUCCAUGGAUUCGCCAUUCGGUUUUCACGCCUUUGCUCACCUUCUUGCGCAGCUCUCCAUCAAUAUCUUGGCGGGUAAAUCGCAGUCUCGGGGCCUCGUUCUACUCGCGUUCUCUCGAAGUCCGGCUUAUUAUGUCGACCUGUUGAAGAAGAGAGGAGUUGAUGUUGGGUCGUCUGAUAAGUGGAUUCAAAUUUUGGACUGUUAUACAGAUCCUCUUGGUUGGAAAGAACGGUUAAUGGAGGGUGAAAAAGUUUCAAAUGUUCACCAAGAAGUUUCAUCUUUAUCUAAUCUUUGUACAAAUGUGAGGGAUAUGGAUAAACUAUUCUCCUCGAUUGUUGCACUUGGAAAAGCAGGAUUUGUUGGAGAAGGAACUGUACGCUUUUGUGUUGCCAUAGAUUCUGUAACUGAUAUGUUGAGACAUUCAUCUACAUCAGCAGUUGCAGGUCUUUUAAGCAGCCUUCGGAGCAAUGAUAAGGUUUCAAGUACAUUUUGGUUGGUACAUGAAGAUCUUCAUGAGGAAAGGGUGAUAGCUGCUCUUGAAUAUAUGUCCUCCAUUGUGGCAUCAGUUGAGCCAUCGACUCCAUCCCCAUAUGUGCAUAGAGGCAAUCUGGACAACUCCUAUCCCGAACACAACUCUACAAAUGGGAGGUUUCAUGUGCGCUUUAAACGCAGAAAUGGACGUGUCCGAAUCAUUUGUGAAGAUUUCAAAGUUGAGCACUCAGGCAUCAUCAAAUUUACGUCCAUUUUAUCUGAAGAUGCAAUCAUCAAUCAAGGACUUAUUCCAAAGGUCCAUUUCAAUCUACAGUUGUCAGAGAAAGAGCUAAUGGACAGGGCAAAAGUUGUUCUUCCUUUUGAGCAUCAAGGAAAUGGCAAACCGAUACAAAUAUACGAUGGGCGAAGAUCUCUUACCGAAAGCAAAGAAGACGACAAACCCCUCCUGACCAGUGAGAAAGGCAAGGAUGAAGGAUCAGGAAAGGGUGAGAUCGUAUAUUUCCGCGAUUCAGACGAUGAGAGGCCAGAUUCUGAUGAAGACCCAGACGAGGAUUUAGACAUAUAAUUUUGAUCAUCCAUUUUCAGAGGUAGAAAGCUUUGUCCCUUCUCUAUCUUUUUGUAAUUGAAAAUGUGUAUUACUAGUUUGUAUUUAAGGACUUUUUUUUUCAACCAUAUGAAUAUUUAAGGGAUGCAUUUAUCAGUUUUCAAGGAUUUGUUUUCAUUAGAAAYCAACGUAAAUCCUUUAUCGACGAAGAACCAAACUCGUAGAUCGAAAAUCAGAAGGAAUCGACCAAUAGAAUUUAUUCUA